AUGAGACAAUCACUCCCUUACCUUUCUUUGCUCCUGGCGGCUGGCGCUGUCGCGCAGUCCGGCUCUGGCUUGAGCGAGUCUUCUCUGGAGAAGCACAAGGACGCAACCACCCUUUCCCAUUCUUUCAACCCCAUCAUUCCGGCAUAUUGGACCGGUUACCCUCACCACCGUCGUACCCCCUUUGCCGUUUCUCCGGAUGGCGGCUCCGCCUACUUGGCCUACCUCGACUCGAGCGGGACCGGGGUCCACAUCCAAAAGAUCAACCCCACCACCUUUGCGGCCGUAGGCGCCGCCGUGACCAUCUCGACCGGCAAGGAAGCCGGUGGCCUGGUCGCGCACAACGAUGGCUUUGCCAUUCUUACUAACGAAGUCUCAUCUUCCAGCGGUUCCACCAUUCCCAUCCCCGUCAUCUACCGGUUCAAGAACGGCCAGCAGGCAUGGAAAACCUACAUCGGUGGCCGCAACGUGGACAGUGACGGUGCCAACGCUUCGCCCGACAUCAACGGCGACCUCGUCUUCUCCGAGAAGGCCGGUUACUACGCGGCUUACAUCGUCGUGACGGCCUACGAAGGCUGGGCCAGCGGCCACUUUGGCGAUGCUAUCCGCUACCUCGAUACCGACGGCAACAUCAAGAACAUUGCCGGAGCCUCCAGCAGCUGGGGCUGCUCCCACAACACGGGUAUCGCCUUCGAGGCCGCUGAUUCCGCCCCAUUCGCCUCCAUCUGCGCCGAGGACCAGGGUGCCAUCUGGUUGAACACCAAGGGUCAAGGCAUGUCCACCGCCGGGGUCAAGAUCUCCAACGAAGUCACCAUCAACGGUGGCAGCAACGAGCCCAUGGGAGGAAUGGGAGGCUCCUAUAGCGCUCUUGCCAGGUUCAUCGGCCAGGAUUCGUACAUCUUUUCUUGGGUCUCCCGCGGCGCCAAGGACCUUACACUGAACGAGUGGAUGGGUAAGGGAUACACCAAGUCGCAGAAGCGUACCAACAACCGCAAUGUGGCUAUUGCCCUCUUUUCCGACAAGAACACGAUCGUCGGACAGCAGGCCACCUCCCAAGUCGGCGCCGCCGACGGCGACUCGCAGAUGCGCUGGGUGACCGAGGGAUCCAAUGACUGCUCCAAUGCCCACGCUGCUGCAUUCGACGGUUCCAACGCCCUCAUCACCUGGGAGGAGAUUCAGAACCCCGUCUGCGAUUUCGAGGCCAUGGGCUGCAAGGGUCAAUUUGCUGGUACUUUCUACCAACUGAUUGAUAACAAGGGUCAAAAGAUUGGCUCUCCCGUCAAGUCUACCGACUCGUUUGUUGCCGGCGACAUGGUCAGCAUGACAGACGGCCGCAUUUGCUGGCCUUAUGUUAGCAUGACAUGGGACCUCAGCGGACCCGCGCGUAGCACCUCGUCCACCACCAAGAUGUCGUUUGCCUGCAUGUCUCGCGGUAGCGGCGGUUCAACGACUCCCUCUCAGAGCUCUUCCGCUUCUUCCGCGGCCUCCCCAACUUCUCCGCCUGCUGUUUCUUCGACCUCGGCCAAUGCCGGUGCCGAGCCCACCGUCCCCACCACCACCGACGCAGUUGUCGCCCCAUCCGAACCCGCGGCGCAACCCGAGGACCCCGCCGAGACCACCGCAGUGAGCUCCGCUGAUGAGCAAGUGGCAGAACCCACCUCGAUUGCCGACUCGAACCUACGGGCGCCGCCGAGCCACCCCCUCCGCGACCCAGGGCAGCACUACCACUGCCGUUGA